AUGCUCGCACCGGGCUGGGAGCAGCUCGAGGAUGCGCAAGGCCGCGUCUUCUACGUGAACCACGCGACGCGCGAGACGUCGUGGACGCCGCCGUCGACGCUACCACUGCCGCCGGGCUGGGAAGAGAUGCGCGACGACCAGGGGCGCGUGUACUUUGUCGAUCAUGCCACGCGCACGACGACGUGGAUCGAUCCGCGCGAGUCGCAGAUCAACCAAAUGGCCACCGAGCUCGACCGGUAUGCGAGCGAGCGUGAAGGCAGCGUCAUCUCGGCGACGACCAUCUCGAUGUCCGAGCCCGAGCCCGCCGCCAUGGCGCCGCCUCUUGUGCCUGCCGUCGCGCCGCUCGUGGUGCAAGAAGGCAUGUCGGCCUCGUGGGCCCCGAUCCCGGACGUCCAGGCCAGUUACUUUGCCCCGUACAUUGUGCCGGACGCUGCGCGCAUGGACUGUACCCAGUGCCGCCUCAAGUUUGGCGUCCUCCGUCGACGCCACCACUGCCGUCUCUGCGGCGGGCUCUUUUGCGGCGACUGCACCGACAAGGUGCCGAUCCCGAGCCUCGACGGUCGCCAGUCGGCGUGCAAGCGCUGUCAGCGCAACAUGGCGGCGGGCGACACGACCUCGAUCGUUGGCCUUCUCGGGCUCCUCACGCAAGGCGGUAGCACGCCCGUGCCGCAAACCAUCGAGCGCCUCCGCGCGUUGGCCAAGCUGCUUGCGACGCCGCGCCAGGAGACGGACCCGGCGAUGGGCAAGCUACGCCUCGGGCAGCUCAACGACGUCGAGGCCGCCGGUGGUGUCGCAGUCGUCUGCAGCCUCCUCAAGAACGUCGACCCGCAAGACGUUCAGAUCCACGCGCUCCUUGUGCUGUCGCACCUCGCCGCGCUCUACAACCGCAUCCUGUCGCCGACCGCAGGCGACGUGGCCGCUGCAUCCGGCGUCUGCGCCACGAUUGCGCUCUGUCUCUCAAUGGCCGUGCCCGAGCUAGAGGUCCACGCGUUGCACGCCAUGUACCAUCUGUGCCAGUCCGGCUCCUCGGCGUGCCUCACGGCACUGCGGACGGCCGGCGCGGGCGCGCACGUACUCGAGAUUCUCAUCGUGUCAGAGUCGCUCGACGUCAAGCGCGAUGCGGUCCAGUGCCUCUGCGCCUACACGACCAAGGACAUUGAGAAUGUGACCGACUGUAUCACGCACAACGGCGCGCAGGUGCUCCUCUCAGCGCUGCUCGUCUUGGCGGCCGCGGGCGACGUGAUCGGGCUUCACGCGGUGCUGCCGACCUCGACGCGGCUUAUGACGGCUAUGACGCCCGACCAGCAGCGCGAGUUCGCCCUCGACCCGACGCUGGUCGCCCAGAGCUACGCUUCGCUGACACCGCUGCUUGCGUUCGACGAGCUCGCGACUGCGACAUUUGGCUUGCUCUACGCGCUCGCGGUCGACCCGACCAACGCUGCGCUCUUGGCCCAAAACCCCGCGCUUCUCAGUGUGCUCACGGCGCGGCUGGACGACGAGCAGGACCAAGCGGAGGCGAUGCGUGUCUUGGCCGCCAUGGUGCGGCCCCUCGAACGGGGCGUCGCGCUGCUCCCGGCGCUGGCAACGGCCAACAGCCUUGUCGCGACCAUGACGUGGCUGCACACGAGCACGCAGAGCGUUCCGUUCACAGCAUCGGUCCCGGCGCAGGCCGACAUGUUUGUGCUCGUCUCGGCCUUCGCGACUGUGCCCGAGUUUGCCAACGUGAUUGUGCAAUGCCACGGCGUCCCGUCGACGCUCGCCGUGCUCUUUCACUCGCCCGAGCUGCUGGAUGCGUCGCUGUUGCUGCUGAGCCGCCUCGCGACGGCGGUCGGCGGCGUCGUGGCCGAGGUCGUCGAGUUUGGCGCGCUCGAAGCCAUCGAGUCAGCGUUCCAAGACCCGACCGCGUCCAAGACGACCAAAGAAGCGUCGAUCACGUUUUUCGAGCAGCUCGGGCGUCAAAUGGCGCCGACGACGACCGUGACGGUCGGCACGGCCGACGUGCUCUUUGGUCUUGUCGGGGACGACCGGUUCGAACGCGGCGCACUCAAGGCUGUGACGACGCUCUGCGCGACGCGGCCUGCGCUCCAAGCCCGUGCGAUCGGCAGUUUGUACCCAAGCACGCUCCACGCGUUUGUGCUGCACGGCUACAUUGCGCGGGACUUUCUUCUGGAGGUGCUCGCGUGUCUGGCCACGCUCACGAGCGCACCCGCGCUCCUGGAUGCCGGCGGCUUGACCGCGGCGUGCGCCGUGCUGCAGCGGCAGGAAGCCACGCUGUCGGACCCGGCAAUCGCGUCCCUUGCUCUCGACUUGCUCCUCUCGAUGCUGCAGACGGGGGCGCGCACGUCCGGAUGGAGCCAUCCGCCGACGAUGCAGACAGUGUGGUCGACCAUGAUUACGUUUCUUGUCAACCAUGCGACGGCCGCCGAGCUCGUGCCCAAGGCGCUCGACGGCGUCCACGUGCUCCUCUUGCACAUCGUGUGGAAGGCUCAGUUUGUGACCUUGUAUAUCGCUGGCGCGUCGGGCCAUGCGGCGUGCCUCGAUUUCCUGGAGCUGCUCGGCGAGCUGCUCGAGAAGGCGUACACCGGGGCAUCGUCACUUCUCUCAAAUCUCCUCUCGAUCGUGUCGGAGCUGGCCGCGACGCAUACCGCGCUGCCGUACCUGUUGCAAGCCGACGUGCACCGGGUUGUCUUGCGUGGGCUCGGCGUUCCGCUGGCGCUCGAGACCGUUCUCAGCGUCGUCCAGGCCAUGCUGCGGUCGCCCGCGUUCAUCGCGGCGCUCCUCCAGCACGCCGAGGCCCUAACGCACCUCGUGGCGCUGUACGCCAAGGGCAACACGGUCGCCGCUCAUGUGUUUUGCGUGUUGGCCAAGGAGCCGAGUAUGUGGAGUGCCCCUAUCGACGGGUUUGUGGCGACGAUGCUACUGCAACUGCGGUCGCUGGACCCGAUCGUGCAGCCCCUCACCGAGAGCAUGCUGGCCAACACGACCAAGAUCACUCUCGUUGAGCCAUCGCUCGAGGACCUCCACACGUUUCUGCGGGCUCAUGCGGUCUGGCGCCAUCUGGUCGCGGCCAACGACCUCGCGACGGUCAAUGUGAUCCUCGGGGCGUCCGGACUGCAGCUGCACGACCACGUACUGCUCUCGGCCGUGCUCAUUGGGAGUGACUUGGUCGUGUCGUCCACCAACGACGAUGACGUGGCGACGUACCGGGACCUUGUGCUCGCCCUCUUGCCGACGCAGACGACGACGGCUUCCGUGCGGCUCCACUGCCUCGUCGGCCUCGGCAACCUCAUCGACUGCAACCCGGACGCAAUGAAGAGUCACAUUGCGCCGCUCAUCGAGUCGCCCGACUCGUGCCGCGCCGCGCUGUGCGGCCUCUCGUCCAAAGACCACGUCGCCUCGACGCUGACGGUGCUCGAGUUUGCGGUGAGCGAGGGGUGUGACAUGGGCCUUGUGUGGGCGACCGUCAACACGUACCGCGCGCGCCAUCUUCUUGUCUCGGCGAUCGCGGGCAUCUUCCACGACGACGACGCCGGCACACGGGAAGCGUGCGUUGUCUUGACGGCGUUUGUGUCGCGGCCGCCGCUCAAGACGGCCGAGGUCAACGUGCUCUGCGAGGUGGCCCCCCGCAUCUGCGAGGUCGCGGGGGCGAUGCGGUCGGUCGCGCUGCCGCUGCUGGUGGCGCUUGUCGCGCUUCCGCGCGUGGCGCUGGCGCUCAUUGACGGUGGCGCGAUCGAGUACAUGGUCGCGUUUCUUCAAACGAGCGCGGGGCCGGACAGCGACCUCUGUCAGCGCGUGCUCGUGUCGCUCUCGUCGAUUCCAUUGGGCACGGAGCGGCUCAGUCUCUGCAACGGCGUGUCCACCUUGCUGAGCUUUGUGCAGUCGCUCGCCGCCUCCGACGCCCACGCAUCCAACGUCCUUGCCAUCGUUCAAGUCCUGCACCUUGUCGCGUCCAAGGACAAGGCGGCGCGCCUCGUCGUGGCCGAAGCCGUCGAUCUCUGGGCGCUACUGUUACAGCACUCGAUGCAGCCCGACGCCAGUGAAGCGUACUCGUGCCUCGACUCGGUCGCGCGGCCGGCGUCAACGUCCAAGUACACGGCCAACGCGCCGCUCGCGCACCUCGUCGUCGACCUUCUCGUGCGCGUGUGUGCGGUUGCCGACGCCCGGGCGCACAUUGUGGGCCGAGGUGACGUCUACGCCGAGCUCUACAUGUGGCUGCAGUACAUCACCGAGCGCAGCGCGGUCGAGCAUGCUGCGAUCGCAAUAGGGGCGUUGACGCUGCUCCGGUACCGGUACAUGGCGCGCCUCGCCGCCGCCGAAAUGCACGAUGCGCUCUGGGAUCUCCUGGCGGUGCUGGCGGGUCCCGCCUUUCUCUUGGUGCAUGAAGAGGUCGGUCGGACGAUCGCGGUUCUCUGCACCGUGCUCGACGACCCGUCGCGCUGCAAGGACGUCUUGUACCUCGUGCAAGUCCACGUGUACGAGGCGCUCACCGAGACAAGCUCGCUGCGCCACGCAUGGCUGGACGUCGCGCUGAGCCUGGGCCACACCCGCGUCCGGGCCUUCUUCCCCAUGCUGCUGUUGCAGUGGCUUGUGUUUGCAUCGCUUGACGAUGACGCGGUGCGGCCGCUCGCAGUGCAUGUCCUCGACGUCCUCUGCUACGACACUGCGUUCCACGUGUCGAUCUUCAACAACCCAAGCGUCGUGCAGUGGCUGGCGACGCAUGCAGCGACCGAUAUGACGGUGCGGCGUAUCUACGUGGCCCUCGGUGUCGACGUCCUCGAAGUGUCCGAGGCGCCAACAGAGAACGAUGCGCUGGAGACCGCCGCCUUGUCGGAAGAUGCGAUCGAUGAAGGCGCGGCCGACGGUGCAUUUGGGUACGGCCCUGUGCGGACCGAUGCAGUGCUGGCGACGCAGCUGUCGCGGGACCUCGAAUCCCGCUACUCGGGCUACUCGGACAACUAUGCCUCGAGCUACGGCGACAACUAUGGCUCAUCGUCCUCGAGCUUUGCGCCGGGCUCGUACAGCAGCUACGGCGAGUACGCGCCGAGCUCGGGCAGCACCAACUACUACAACGAGGCGGUCAUCGACGACGACGACGAGCACGUCAUUUGCCCGCACUGCCUCGGCAACGUCAACGUUCCUCCGGGUUGUAGUGCAUAUUUGCACACGAUUCCGUGUCCACUGUGCCAGCGCCCGCUCGGCGGCUCGUCGCCAAGUCCCGCCCCCGCGCCGCCGGGCACGACCACGAUCAUCUGCAAGGGCUGUCACCGCGGUCUGCACUUGCCCGACGGCUUGGACCUCGCCGACGUCGUCUGCCCCGAAUGCAACUCUGUCAACAAGAUCGAACAACCGCCCAAGCCGACGCUCGUCAAGUGCGGCCACUGCCACAAGAUGCUGUCGGCGCCGCCGGGGCAGCCCACGAUCCAGUGUGGCCACUGCAAGGGCGUUUCGCGUGUCAUGGGCUCGGACGACGUUGUCAAGGUGACGUGCGCCAAGUGCAAGACGCUCUUGGCCGUGCCGAGCGGCUCGACGGUAUACAAGUGCCUCAAAUGCGGCCACGUGUCCAAGUGA